AUGGAUAAGACUCUUCAAAGAAUCAUCAGACUAACACAAAAACAGGUUGAUGCCAAAUCUAAUUGCUACUUCGACCAAUACUCCUUCAAUUACACAAAAGAUCUCCUUGGCGAGGGAUCUUUUGGUAGUGUGUAUCGAGGAACCCAAGGGAAUAAAUUUGUUGCUAUCAAGAUCCUCAAUCUCAAAUUCUACGACAAUCCAGCAUAUAAACAAGCACUCAAAAAUGAAAUUACUCUCAUGAUGGAACUCUAGAGUCCCAACGUUGUAAGGAUCUUAGACGCAUUAUGCGACUAACAUGAUAAUGAACUCUUCUUGAUUAUCGAAUAUUGUGAAGGAGGUGAUCUUCGUCACCUUUUGUCUCAUCAACCUAACCAAAGAUUCUAAGAAUCAGCUGCCAUUGCUAUAAUCUCCCAAACUAUCUAAGGAUUAUCAGAAUUACUACAUAAAAAUUAUAUGCAUCGAGACAUUAAACCCGAUAAUAUUCUUCUGAAGUAAAAUACCUAUAAAGUUGCUGACUUUGGUCUGGCUGCUAAAAUUCCACCGAAAUAAGUGUUAAGAGCCCAAGCAGGAACACCUUUAUAUAUGUCUCCAUAACUCUUAGAAGGUAAAGAAUAUUCUAAUAAAUGUGACAUUUGGUCCUUGGGUUUGGUCUUAUACGAACUCCUUUUUGGCCGAACUCCUUGGUUAUGCCGCAGUUUUGAUACUUAUUUGAUGGAAAUUUAAACCAAGCCUUUAUAAUUCCCCUAUGAAAUAGAAAUCUCAGCAAAUGUAAAGGAUUUCAUUAAGAGAUGUCUAAAAAUUGAAGAACAAAAUCGCAUGAGUUGGACAGAAUUAUUAAAGCAUCCUAUGUUGUAAGCUCAAGGAAAAUUGAAACGGUAAGCUACUUAGGAAAGAUUGAACUUUACAGUUUUAGAAAGAGAAUACUUAUACAAUAUUUAAUUAAUAUGUGCUCAACAUAACUUCUAAGCUAAGGAUUUAAUGAAAUAAUGUGGCAAGACUCACAUCAAUUAAGAGGAAUUUUAGAAUAUGCUUAGAAAGAUUAUGAAUUAAGACAAUGAUGAGAUUAGUAAGUAAUUGUUUGGAAAGUUUGAUUAAUCUAAGGAUGGAUUGAUAAGUGCAUAAGAAUUUGAAUAUUUAUUUAGUGAAUAUGACUUUGCACCUAUUGAUACUCUUGCCGUUUAAAUCACUCAUGAGUUGCAGGCCAUUAUAAAGAUUUAUUAAAUUUCAUUGAAGUAACUAUUUGAACAGUUAGAUUAAGACAAAAAUGGGUUUCUUGAUCAAAAGGAGUUCGAAUUCCUAAUUAAAAAAAUUGCACCAAAGUUAUCUUAGAAAAACAUUUUUGAAAUAUUCAAAAACUAUGAUUAAGAUAAUGAUGGCAAGAUUAGUCUAAAGGAAUUAAAAUUUGUUCUUUAGAGCAAGAAUUAUUAGAAAUUGAAAAUCAUUCUUAAUAAAAUACGUGAAACUCUAAUGAAAAAAUCAGUAUCCACGAAUGUGUUGUUUACUUCAAUAGAUGCGGAUUAGAAGGGAUAUCUCAAUUUCAAGGAUUUUGAGUAUUUUAUUGGGAAGAUAGACAAAGUGAGCAGAUCUGAUGUAUAAGAUCUAUUUAAUUUGUUUGAUGAAGAUGAGAAUGGAAAGAUAUCAUUAAAUGAAUUUAAUUCAUUAUUAAAUUUAUGAUUUCAUAAAAAAUAAAGAGUUGUUAUUAUUAUUUACAAUUA